UUAGACAUCAGUUUUGGAUAAGCCAGGGAACCGUGUGAUCUUUCCUUACAAUGCUGAUUAAAAUAUUAGGCCUACUUCUCCUGUUAACGGGUCAAUCCUUGGGUGACCUGCGUCACCUUGAUCUUCAACUUCUCGGUCAGCAGAUCUCAGGAGCUCUCUCUCGUCCUGGCCACUCGAGCGGCCACAAUAAUAACAAUGCUCAGUCGGACUACAAUGCCUAUCUAAACGAGUACUACAACAUUCAAUGGCAGCAGUUCUAUCAAGCUCAAGCGGCCUACGAUCAGCUAUAUGGACCAUACAGCCUAUAUGGUCUCUACAGUCCCUACGGACCUGGACCAUAUAAUCCAUAUGGAUACCAUGGCCAAGGGCCUCCACCACCACUACCUGGACCAUAUAAUCCAUACGGAUACUAUGGCCAAGGGCCUCCACCACCACCACCUCCCACAACUACUGCGGCUCCAGUGACUACAACUCCAACUCCAACAACAUCUACAGCUAUUCCUACGACUACAGGACCUGUUACCACUUCGACGGCGAUUCCUACCUCAACCGGUCCACAGACCACCUCCACUGCCCUUGCCACUCAAUCAACAACCACGGUAUCUCCAACCACAUCGACGGCAAUCCCUACAUCAACUGGUCCAGAUACCACCUCCACAGCCUUAGCCUCAUCCAAUGCAGUUGCGCGGUACCAGAUCCAACAUACUACACCCAUUCCCUAUCCUUACGAUCCCAACCCACUGAUCAGUCCCUUCGAUUUACGUCGCAUCCAUCCGCAGCGGGCAUAUGUCCAUGAUCCGGCAUUGGAAUCAUUAGCAGUUCACCGAUCACCGGCAUAUAUACCAUAUAAUCAAAUUCAAUUUGUGGCGAAAAAAUAAUGGGUAGAUGAUUUGUUUAAGCUGACAAACUAUGUGCCCAAAGAAAGUAAUUUGUUGUUUACUUUAGUUUAGUUUUAAAAGCUUAAUAGUUGUGUAAUGCCGAUGGUGAAAGAGGUGAGUUAUCUUUCCACUGAUUCAGCUCCAAUAAACCGACUGUAAGCGAAUUAAAAAGGUAAACAAAGGCCAGAAAAGAAAGAAAAAUAAAAGAGACGCGAUCGAUUUCUCCGAUCGCUAACUU